UGCAAUAUUUGUGGUAUGGUGGUGUGCUAUGACAAAUUGGAGCGCAUCCACAGCAUCCGUUCUAUUUCCGGCGCACAGCCAACCAAUCAUGUCUCGACCGCAAAACGACCUUCUGAAGCCUCACCGUGGGCUGACCCUAAAGCCUACAUGAUCUGAGCCGUGGUGCCAUUGCCAAAGCCUUCCCAACCAAGAUGCCCAGCUCAUGCAAAGAACUGCGCGAAGCACUCGCGCAGUGUCUCCAAGAAUCCGACUGUGUCAUGGUUGAGCGCAACAGCGCCGCCGACUGCCUCCGCGAGCCCCUCGUCAACACCCUCCCGCUCAAGUGCCGACAGCUGAAGAAGGGCUUCGGCGAGUGCAAGCGUGGCAUGGUGGAUAUGCGCAAAAGAUUUCGAGGCAACAUGCCCGUGGCAUACCGUACGAUGGAACAGGCCGAGGAGGGUCAAGGAUACCAACUCUACGCCGGACGGCCGGCAUUUGCGGGCGGUGUCAAGAAGACGGACGGAAACGAACCCAUUCCUCAAGAUUGGAGAGAAGUCGAGAACGAGAAGUGGAAGGCAGAACAGGCAGCCAUAGAGCAGCAGAAGAAGUGAGAUGGAGGUCGUCGCCUGACCGAAUCAAGCCUUCUCCGAUAUGGGACAUGUGCGGUAUGGUAACGACUACUCGUGCCAGUAUCUGAUACCACCAUGGUCCUCAAAACGCCCAAGACGAUAGAAGGCAAUGCUGAGGUUGAGCUGAACCGACUGAGCUGAAACAAUUCGACAUGACGAACGUGACGGACGAAGACUUUUGGAUAUACCCAAAAAGAAGAAGAAGAAGAAGAAGAAGAAAAGAAAGAGGUUGAAAUUCUCACGUUCUGCCGUGUUAUAAGGCUGCGAUUUGCUCUACUCUACUCCCAACAUUUGUACAAUAUCUGUAUCACAUAUGCAUCCUACAUCCCCCACCUGGGUAAGUUACUAUGUACUUGGCCAGUCACAUUGCCAACCCAACUUACAGCUCAAUCAACGUCGAUGGCCUUGGACAACAGUGGCCAAUUCAGGCUUAUUAGCGCUCUAAAUUAAAGUUUCUGGCCUGGACCUGGUUGCAUCUCACCUCGCUUACCUGGGUCCGGACGGACAUGUUCCCCACAACCCGAAAGCAUGCGCAAUUGGGCGAGGAAAAUAAAGCCCAUCGGUGACAAGAAUUGAUCAAGACUACCAUUG